CUCUCCCUUUCCCUUCUUCUUCCCCCCAUUUCUAUUUCACCUCACACUCUCUCUUUUCUUCUUUACACUUUCAUCUUCCAUUUACAACAACACACUACCAUAACUGUUACACUGCAAGUGUAGUGUAACCAAAAACACUUUCAUUGCUAUGGCAUCAUCAGAGAAUUUAGCAGCUAGCAUUGAAUCAUGGAUGUACCGUCCAGCUAUGACUGACACGUGGCUAUCUGAUUACAUAUCUCGUGAUGCUGAAACCCUAACCAAAGCUCUACACAAAUCACUCUCUUCUUCUUCUUCACCGGAAGACGCUCUUUCACCGUUUUUAAACCUUAUCAAAACCGACUCCGCCACUACAACCACCACCACCACUCCGACAGUUUCCAGUCUCUCCGCAUCUGAUGAUUCCGCUCCAAAACGUCAACGUGUUGCCGCUGGGAAAAUCUCGAAGCGAAAAUCACGUGCCUCGAAGCGGUCGCAGACGACUUUCAUAACGGCGGACCCAGCGAAUUUUCGGCAGAUGGUGCAGCAGGUUACUGGUGUGAGAUUUGGUUCAGGGUCAAAUGUUUCAAUGGCGCCGUUGGUGAAACCGGAGCCGCAUAGGGCGGUGGGAGUUAACGGAGGAGGGAGGUUUACGACUGGUGGAGGGUGUUUACCGACGCUUGAUACGUCAGCUUUUUUACUACAACACCACCAACAGCAGCAACAAACAAUGGUGGGUCCUAAUUCUGAUGGGCCUGAAAUGACUGGGCUGGGCCCACUCUCUUUCGGCCAGCCCAUUGGUGAAGAUGCUGCAGGUUAUGAUUUUGAAACUUUCUCGAGUUGUUUUCCCACUCUUGAAUCUUCAUGGAAAGUUAUGUGACAAAUUGAAAUGACGACAAUGUCCUUCACUUUUCCUUUUUUGCCCCUCGUGGGUUUGGGAUUGAAUUUUGGGUAAGUAGUUUUAGGAGGAUAUCAUUGUAAAUUUUGGGAAAAGGGAUGGGAAUGGAUAUGGAAAUGAAUGUAGAAUUUCCUUUUUCUGUGUAAUUUAUGUUACAUAGUUCCUUUAUUAUCAUUAUGAACUAGUACUCCAAACAAUGUUGUUGUAUUUGUUUAGUUUAAUUAACCUAAUUAAUGAAUUCCCUAAUAUUAUUCAGUUCGAUAAA